ACGGUGUCUCGUUCUCGCUGUGAGAAAAGGCGGGGAGGGAGGCGGUCGCGUUCCGUGAGGCGAAGGAGCAGGAAGCGCUGCCACCGAGCCAGGAGCCAGUCAGUGCGUGCCCCGGAGCGAAGGGGGGUAGACUCUGGGCUGGUGAAAGAAGGAUCUGUACGGCGAGGGGCGGCACCAGAGGACUGACCUCUUUCAUCUCCCCUCCCCAAAUCCUGCGUUUUACAAUCCACCGGGAACUCCGUUUUGAAGCCGCGCGGCCCUCCCGGCGUUUGGGUGACUCCGAGAGUCCCGGAGGGCGGCCGAGGAGGAUGUCGGGCGGCAGUGGCGGCAGCCGGGAAGAGGAGCGGCGCAAGCUGGCCGACAUUAUCAACCACUGGAACGCGAACCGGCUGGACCUGUUCGAGAUCAGCCCCCCCACUGAGGAUUUGGAAUUCCAUGGAGUUAUGAGAUUUUAUUUUCAAGACAAAGCAGCUGGAAAUUUUGCAACUAAGUGUAUCCGUGUGUCUAGCACUGCCACAACACAGGAUGUAAUAGAGACACUUGCAGAGAAAUUCCGUCCAGAUAUGCGAAUGUUGUCAUCCCCUAAAUACUCGCUUUAUGAAGUGCAUGUCAGUGGAGAAGAAAGAAGAUUGGAUAUUGAUGAGAAACCUCUUGUUGUGCAAUUAAAUUGGAACAAAGAUGAUAGAGAAGGACGGUUCGUACUCAAGAAUGAAAAUGAUGCACUUCCUCCAAAGGCUCAAAGCAAUGGCCCUGAAAAACAAGAGAAAGAGGGAGUGAUCCAGAACUUCAAACGAACUCUAUCAAAGAAAGAAAAGAAGGAAAAAAAGAGGCGAGAGAAAGAAGCAUUGCGGCAAGCUUUGGAUGAUAGACCAUUUCAUGGGGAUGAUAUUGAGAAUUCUCGUCUUGCAGCAGAAGUCUACAAAGACAUGCCUGAAACCAGUUUCACUCGCACAAUAUCCAAUCCAGAGGUGGUAAUGAAACGACGGAGGCAGCAAAAACUAGAGAAGAGAAUGCAAGAGUUCCGGAGCUCUGAUGGCAGGCCAGAUUCAGGUGGAACACUGAGGAUUUAUGCAGACAGUUUGAAACCAAAUAUACCAUACAAGACAAUCCUACUAUCCACUACAGAUACUGCAGAUUUUGCAGUUAUUGAAGCUCUGGAGAAGUAUGGUUUGGAAAAGGAAAAUCCCAAGGAUUACUGUAUUGCUCGUGUCAUGCUUCCUCCCGGCGCGCAACAUUCUGAUGAUAAAGGUGCUAAAGAAUCUGUUCUUGAUGAUGAUGAGUGCCCACUUCAGAUAUUCAGGGAAUGGCCAAGUGACAAAGGAAUAUUAGUCUUUCAGUUGAAAAGGCGGCCACCUGAUUAUGUCCCAAAGAAGUCAAAGAAACAAAUUGAUGGAAAGCCAUUAAAAGGAAAGGAAAGAGUUGACGGGUCUGGUUAUGGCUCUUCCCUUCCUCCAGAGAAACUACCUUAUCUGGUUGAAUUAAGUCCAGAUGGUUCUGAUUCCAGAGAUAAACCAAAGCUCUAUCGUUUGCAGUUAAGUGUGACAGAAGUUGGUACUGAAAAAUUUGAUGACAACUCUAUUCAGUUGUUUGGUCCAGGAAUUCAGCCUCAUCACUGUGACCUCAGUAAUAUGGAUGGAGUUGUUACUGUUACUCCAAGAAGCAUGGAUGCUGAGACAUAUGUGGAAGGUCAGCUGAUUUCAGAGACCACUAUGCUGCAAAGUGGUAUGAAGGUUCAGUUUGGGUCCUCUCAUGUAUUUAAAUUUGUGGACCCCAUUCAGGAUCACAUUCCUAAAGGACGUCUAGACACUGGACACAUGGUCAAAGGACUGCGACACAAAGCUGGAGCUGUACAAGAAACAACAUUUGAUUUGGAGGGAGACAUCCAUAGUGGAACAGGAUUACCUGCAAGCAAGAGCACCAACAGAUUGGAUAGUGACAGAAUAUCAACAUCCAGCACUGCUGAACGAGGCAUGGUGAAGCCAAUGAUAAGGAUAGAACAGCAGCAGGAUUACCGGAGGCAGGAUGGCAGACCACAGGAUGCACAUGGGCCUGAAUUGAUAUUACCUGCCAGCAUUGAAUUCAGGGAAAGCUCUGAAGAUGCCUUUUUGUCUGCCGUUAUAAAUUACACCAAUAGCUCAACAGUUCAUUUUAAGCUGUCUCCCACUUACGUCUUGUACAUGACAUGCCGGUAUGUAUUGUCGAGCCAGUACAGACCUGACAUCAGUCCUGCUGAACGUAGUCACAAAGUUAUUGCGAUAGUGAACAAGAUGGUGAGCAUGAUGGAAGGAGUUAUACAGGAGGUAGACCAGGUUGAUCAGAAACAGAAGAAUAUUGCAGGGGCACUUGCUUUCUGGAUGGCAAAUGCAUCUGAGCUGCUAAACUUCAUAAAGCAGGAUCGAGACCUUAGCCGUAUUACACUAGAUGCACAGGAUGUUUUGGCACACUUAGUUCAAAUGGCAUUCAAAUAUCUGGUCCAUUGUCUUCAGUCGGAGCUUAACAACUACAUGCCUGCAUUUCUUGAUGAUCCAGAAGAAAAUAAUCCUCAAAGGCCUAAAAUAGAUGAUGUCUUGCAUACUCUAACUGGAGCCAUGUCCCUGCUGCGACGCUGUAGAGUGAAUGCUGCACUAACAAUACAGCUCUUCUCCCAGCUGUUUCACUUUAUCAACAUGUGGCUUUUUAAUAGAUUGGUUACUGAUCCAGAUUCAGGAUUAUGUUCACAUUACUGGGGAGCCAUCAUCCGCCAGCAGCUGGGACAUAUUGAAGCCUGGGCUGAAAAACAGGGCUUGGAGCUAGCUGCUGACUGUCACCUUAGCAGGAUAGUACAAGCAACAACACUACUUACUAUGGAUAAAUAUUCACCUGAAGACAUUCCAAAUAUUAACAGUACCUGCUUUAAACUCAAUUCUCUUCAACUGCAUGCAUUGCUACAGAAUUAUCACUGUGCCCCAGACGAACCAUUUAUCCCAACAGAGUUAAUAGAAAAUGUUGUUGCAGUGGCUGAAAAUACUGCUGAUGAGCUGGCUCGUAGUGAUGGCAGGGAAGUUCAGCUAGAAGAAGAUCCUGAUCUACAACUACCUUUUCUUUUGCCAGAAGAUGGCUAUUCAUGUGAUGUGGUCAGAAACAUCCCAAAUGGAUUACAAGAAUUUUUAGAUCCACUUUGCCAAAGAGGAUUUUGUAGAUUAACACCUCAUCCACGCUCACCAGGAACAUGGACAAUCUAUUUUGAAGGUGCAGAUUAUGAAAGCCAUCUAUUACAAGACAAUGCUGAUCUGGCUCAGCCAUUGAGAAAGGAACCUGAGAUAAUCACUGUGACUCUAAAAAAACAAAAUGGGAUGGGCCUGAGCAUUGUGGCUGCAAAGGGUGCUGGUCAAGAUAAACUUGGAAUCUAUGUGAAGUCUGUGGUAAAAGGGGGUGCUGCAGAUGUGGAUGGUCGGCUGGCUGCCGGGGAUCAGUUGCUUAGUGUGGAUGGACGCAGUUUAGUUGGACUGUCCCAAGAAAGGGCAGCAGAGCUGAUGACCAGAACAGGAUCAGUGGUAACACUGGAAGUGGCAAAACAAGGAGCAAUUUAUCAUGGUCUAGCAACUCUGCUUAACCAGCCAUCACCGAUGAUGCAAAGAGUUUCAGACCGCCGUGGUUCAGGCAAACCCCGACCAAAGAGUGAAGGUUUUGAGCUAUAUAACAAUUCUGCUCAGAAUGGAUCACCUGAGAGUCCUCAGCUGCCUUGGACAGAAUAUAAUGAACCAAAGAAGUUGCCAGGGGAUGACAGACUGAUGAAGAAUCGAGCUGAUCACCGAUCCAGUCCCAAUGUAGCAAAUCAGCCUCCAAGUCCUGGGACCAAGAAUGCUUAUGUGGCUGGGACUACUAACAAGAUAACAUCAGUCUCUACUGGAAAUCUCUGUACAGAGGAACAAAUACUACCAUCCAGACCUGAAGCAUAUCCAAUCCCAACACAAACUUACACCAGGGAAUAUUUUACAUUCCCAGCCUCCAAGUCCCAGGAUAGAAUGGGUCCUGCUCAGAAUCAGUGGUCAAACUAUGAAGAGAAACCCCAAAUUGCAACAGAAAGUAACCAUUAUAUCAGCACUGCAAUGCAGCGUGUAACCCGUUCUCAGGAAGAAUUGCGAGAUGAUAAAGUUUAUCAGCCAGAAAGGAAUCGAUUAGAGGUUGUAAUACAAAAAGAUGUGGAGUAUUUUGAUAGGAAAUCUGAUAGUGACCCAUGGAUGAAUUCUUCUGUGGAUUCUAGUACCUCAAGCCAAGAGCAUCUGAACCAUUCCACUAAAUCCCUCCCCCUUGGAUCUUGUUUAACCAAAAGUGGACCUGGCCGCUGGAAAACUCCUAUAGCUUCUCAACCAGUAUCACUGGCAGCUUCCCAGACUACUAGAACAGAUCUUCCUCCUCCUCCCCCUCCACCCCCAGUACACUAUGCAGCUGACUUUGAUGGACUGCAGAUGGAUUUGCCUUUGCCACCACCUCCACCUCCUUCAAGCCAGUUAGGGACACAAUCAUCAUCUCAGGUUGCUGCUGCAGAGAGGAAAAAAAGAGAAGAACAUCAAAGGUGGUAUGAGAAAGAAAAAGCUCGUUUAGAGGAAGAGCGUGACAGGAAGCGUCGGGAACAGGAACGAAAACUGGGACAAAUGCGUGCUCAACCACUAAUUCCUGCUCAGUCUUUACUUCCUCCAGUGACUGUUCAGCAAGUAAAGCCAGAAAAGCCUUCAACAUUGCAGAGGUCCCAGGAAACUGUCAUUAGAGAACUGCAGCCUCAGCAGCAGCCCCGAACUAUUGAGCGAAGAGAUCUGCAAUACAUCACUAUAAGCAAAGAAGAGUUGUCCUCUACUGAUAGCCUGUCUCCUGAUCCUUGGAAAAGAGAUGCUAAGGAGAAGCUGGAGAAGCAACAGCAGAUGCACAUUGUGGACAUGCUGAGCAAAGAGAUUCAAGAACUUCAAAACAAGCCGGAUCGUAGUGCUGAAGAGAAUGACCGCCUGCGAAAACUCAUGCUGGAGUGGCAGUUCCAAAAACGUCUCCAAGAAUCAAAGCAAAAAGAUGAGGAUGAAGAUGAUGAAGAAGAUGAUGAUAUAGACACUAUGUUGAUUAUGCAGCGGCUGGAAGCUGAAAGAAGAGCAAGGCUACAGGAUGAAGAGCGCAGACGGCAGCAGCAGUUGGAAGAGAUGCGAAAACGGGAAGCAGAAGACAGAGCCCGGCAAGAAGAAGAGCGCAGGCGCCAAGAGGAGGAGCGGACAAAGCGAGAGGCAGAACAAAAGAGGCGACAGGAAGAAGAAUAUUACAACCGCUUGGAGGCUGAAAGGCGCCGUCAGCAUGAUGAGGCAGAACGGAGAUUGCUGGAACCUGAUGAGCCUGGUCUGUACAGACCUCCGCUUCCACGGGAAUAUGAAUUCCCACCCCUGCCCCCUUCAUCUAAUGCUCCUCCUCCCCCACCUCAACGAAACACCUCUUACCUCAAAACACAGGUCCUCUCCCCUGAUACGAUUUACACUGCCAAGUUUGUUGCAUACAAUGAUGAUGAGGAGGAGGAGGAUUCCUGCCUAGCAACAGGUCAGGAUAAGUACUCCAGUACAAGAAAGUCUUAUGGUGACCUUCCUCCUGCCACCCCUAAACCACAGCAGCCCUCACGCCAGCCACGCCCAGCCUCAGAUGGCAUCUUCCUUUCCAACUCAUUCCAGCCAUCCUCGGUCAAUGCCAACAGUACUGCUUACAAACUGAACCAUCCCCCUCCCCUACCAAACAAACCAAGUUUCAUCAACCCCAGCAACUCAAAAGGAUCAAACUCUUACACUGGAUCUACUGGAGCAAUUGCAGGAUCACAGGAAUCCUAUCUGGACCCAAGAGAUAAAAAAUCAAAAAGUCAAGAUGGAGAUUUACCUGGUGCUCCAGAAAACUUGACUUUCCGGGAGCGACAGAGACUAUUUUCCCAAGGCCAGGAUGUAUCCAAUAAAGUAAAAGCUUCUAGGAAAUUAAUGGAACUGGAAAAUGAAUUGAAUACAAAAUAGGGUAAAAUGCACCUUAUCAAAAUAUUUGAAAAAUCUUGGUGAGACUGGGAAAGGGGCUGUUCAAGAAGAGGGAAGUGUCUUCUAAUAAAAUAAGAUGGAAUUCUCCAUCAGGACUUUUUGAAAUUUAGAUGUGUUGCAAUAGCAAGAAAACCAAUUCUUAUCAAGAGCUUGUGGUUUAUACAAUUAAAGCACUGUAAGAUAUAUUUUACUUAUAAGAAUCAAGUAUCAUUAUGUUCUUUUCCCCCAAUCCAUUCCCUUGGGGGGUGGGGGUUUAAGUACUUCUGCAAUAGUUCUGGGUUACACUUGUUGAAGAAUAGUUGUUUCCUGGUCUCUUACAGAAAAACUUUGCUAGCUGCUGAGCAGAGAGUGGCUAUAGCUUGAACUGCCUAAACUAUAAUGUGUGCACAGACUUGUUGAUGUAUAGAUUUUUUGAUACUAAUUCCAAGGUGGCAUACAGAUUGUGAGCAUAUCAGUGAAAACUAGGGUUGGUGUCAAUGGUUUCUUUGGAUAAAUUCUUGCAGUAAAAUAACUUGAAUACCUUUAAUAUAAAAGGGCUGCAUGUGAGUAAUCCUCAGACACAGAAUGGUUCUCCCUUUGUCCUUUGGACAUCAAAUACUUGAUUUAGCUGAAUGACAGUCCAUUAAUGUCACAAGAGAUUCACCUUUCAGUUUUUCAACAGUUUCUCCUUCAUUCCAACACUGAACUACUAACUGCUUCUUAUAUUUGAGAGUUUAAAAAUCUGUUUGGUGACAGCUGAAGUAAGACUGGGAAAAUGUGGGUGAACAUAGUGGGUGUGAAGUGCAUGCAUAUGUGAAUGGAGGCUACAGAGUUUUAAUACUAUAUAGAAAUUCCAGAAAUAAGCAAUAGGGAUUAAGCUGCUUUUCAUAGCACACUGUAGCCAAGACAAAACCAAAGCUGAAUAUUCACAAAAGGAAGGACUAAAAAGUCAGUUACCAUUAACUAGCAUAUUAAGUACUACUUUGAGGGGGUAAAUGGCAUAAAAAUGCCACAACUGCAGUGAGAAACAAUAAAGCAAUGCCUGUCAAUAAGAAUUUCAUUGAGGUAACUUGACAGUACUCUAGCAGAACAACACUAGUUGUUCAUGUUGAGAGAAAUGCUAGUCAAGCUGCUUGUCUGGUUUAUUAGUGUCCUUUUCCUUUAUACUGUAGAAAUUAUUGGCAGUUCAAGCUAUUUUUCACACUAUAUUGCAGCAUUAUUUAAUUUUAAAUGGUUGAAAUUUUUCUCCCACUGUUUUUCAGCUAUGCAUAUAUGGCUGAUGAUGCUGAGAAUAAGGACCUCAUCAGAAUUUGUUUCUCAUUGUGUGAUGUUUAAAAUGAAUAUAUUAUAUUGUGAUUCUAAGCAAAUUUUCUAUUUGAUGAAGCCCUUAAUUGGGUUUUAGAUGAAUUUUCUGUAUAAUACGUUCUCUUAUAAAUAUAUAUUUAGGGAAUUAUGCACUCUUCCAAAUGCAGAGGGUAGACUUUCACUGCCUUAGAAAUCACUUUUAAUAAGAGUUGUAUGAUAAAUAAAUGCAAGUUAAUAUUAAAUUGGAGUGUACAUAUUUUUUUUACAUAUUUCAGGUUUCUUAUUUGAAAGUGUGCUUUUACCGUUCACCUGUUAAAUAUGAAGUAGGAGAUUAAAUUGGUUGGAAGUGUUAAUGAAGGAUUUUUAUGCUUGCUGUGUCUGUUAAUCAGGAAAAGCAAGCCUUUCCAGAUUUAUUUUGAGAACACUAGAUAUGCUGUGGCUGGAUACUGUUGCUGCUAGAACUGAAGCAAAGAAAUGGCACCUAACAUGGAGUGGAUUUGACUGCUAUUGGGCAUUCAGGUCACGUGUGGGUAUGAGUAAAAGUGCUUUUCAUAACUGUGCAUUGUUACGGAAAAAACAUCAAAACUGCUGUAGUUUCCCAUUUCUACUGUAUUUCACUUGCAACCUAUUUUUAAUAAACUUUGUAUUGUAUUUAACUUUGCACUGUACAA